AUGUUGUGUGGCGUUGUUGAUUCUUACGCCACAAGGGGACGCGGAGCCGCAUUAAGGAUGGAUGCAGUGGUACAGCUGUGUGCCACGAAAGACUCUGUGCUACUCGUAAAGCCAUCGUAUUCUCAUGCAGCUCAUGAAUACAACGAAGAGAGGCUUCCAGAUGCACUCGCAAAGACUGCAGGAAAUGGAUACAUUCCCGUCAAAUAUUUUGAGCACGGAAGGGUAGAUAUCACAAAUGGAUGA